UUUCCUAUUCUUAUUAUGUUCGUUUUGCGUCUUCGCUCAUUUCUUCGAUUUCUUUUGCGAACGAAGCACCGGGUAGACCACGGACAACACGUGUAGUGAGUUAAAUUGAUCGAGGAAAAAAAGUUUUAUUGUUAUAGACAGAAAAAAUGGUUAAGGCAAAGACAUUGAAGAAUAAUAAAGGUAAAGCAGAAAAACAGCAGUUACGUGGAAUAAAAGAUGGAUCUAUAAAAAAGAAAGAUUCCAAAUUUAAAAAUACUCUCAAUGAUAAAGUAAUUUCAAAUAACAAUUCAAAAAAUAACUAUACAUCCAAUAAAGGCAAAGCAUUUGUAAAAACAAUUUUAGAUGAGACUUAUAGUUCCCCAAAACCUAUAGUUCCAAGCAAUUAUAUAAAUAUAAAGCGUACUCCAAAUAAAAACAAGGGUGCAAAGAAAUAUCAGGAUCAAAAGCCUAUUUCCACUGAUAAUGCAAAGCAAUCAAAGCAAAAUUCUCCAAACAAAACACAAAAGCAAAGCACAAAUUCAAGCAAAGCACCAAAAAAUAAUAAGAAGACUGUCAACUUUAAAAAGAUGGAAAAGCAAUUUGUUGAACCUGACAUCACUGAAGAAGAGGAUAAUAUGAAUACAUCAUCAGAUGAAGCAGAAAGUGAUUCAGAGUCGGAUACUUCAAAUAUCCUUGGAAAGCUCCUAGAAGAAGACUCAUAUGAUGACGAUGACGAUGAAGAUUAUGAAGAGGACGAGGAGAUCGAAAGUGAGGAUGAUGAAGAUGAUGAUGAUGACGACUCUGAAGAAGAGACUGAAGAUGAUGAAGAGAUGAUUGAACCUGAAGUUGUAGAAAGGAGUAAAGGUUUGCAAUCUAAAACCAAGAAAAAUAAGAAAGAUCAGAAGAAGGUUAACAACGAAACCGAAAGUGAUACAUCUGAGAAUGAUGAUGACGACGAGAGUGAUACAACUGAUGAAGAAAUGGAAAAGGAAAAAAGUACUAAGAAUUUUAAGGUUGUUACAAAGGAUGAAGAUAACAAUAGUAAAAAAGAAGGUACUAAUAGCAAAAAAGAAAAUAACGAUAUCAACAAAGAAUCUUCUGAGUCAUGUAUGACAGACGAAGAUGAUAGUGAUGAACUUUUUAGUUCUGACUGUAGUUCUGACUUUGGUAGUGGUAGUAGUAGUGAUGAGAGAGUCGAUGAUGAAGCUUACAUAGAGGAAAUUAUUUCUAUAGGAAAGUUUCGCAUAUCAAGAUCGGACAGAGACUACCUAGCCAAAAGAAUUGUUCUGAUUGAUAAUAUUUACAAAAACACAAAUGCUAGUGAUAUAUUAGAUAUAUGUUCGCGAUUUGGAGAGGUGGACCUAUUUGAAGCAAGACCUUAUCCAGCGUUCUUUCUUGAUAACGUAGAUGCGCCAGGAACACUCAAAGAAUGGAUAGAGCUAGAUUAUCCACACCUAAGUACAUACUCAGCUAAUGUCCUAUUUAGCACUCCAAAAGACGCUAAGAAAGCAGUGAAGUAUAUACAGGGAUUAAAGUUUCAGGGACAUUAUUUAAAUGUAGUAACUGCAUUUGACACUGAAAAAGAGCCCAAUUAUGCUGUAUAUGUAACCGAUCUAAAAGAAGGAAUAGAGGACAAUGCUCUCUGGUAUACGUUUAAGAGAUGUGGAAAAAUAAAGUGUUUACGAAACGUACGUGAUCCUUUAACGGGGAUAAGUAAAGGAUAUGGUUAUGUGGCCUUCAAAAGCAUACAUUCUACAAAAUGCGCUCUUGCAAUAAGCGGUGUGACACUUGGUGGAAAGCAAGUAAAAGUGCAGCCGUAUCCCUAUAAUAAGAAUGCAUCUCGUGACAAUUUGAUAGAAGGAAUAAGGCGAAAGAAACAUGGAAUAAAGCGAGUUAUGGAGUUAAAGAGGAGGAUGGAGUUAAAUAGGAUGCUUAAAAAGAGGCCGUUUAAGAGAAGUUUGGAAGAGUCUGCAGUAUGCGAUGUUGAAAAAUCCGUUAAGGGGCGUAAAAAGCAACAGGGAGAUAAAGAAGAAAAUAAAGAAAAGUCUACUGCAUUUCAAGGUCAAAUGGUCGAUUUAAAGAACAAAAAGAAGAAAAAAAAAUUUAAUAAGAAAAAGAAGAUAAUGGCAGAAAAGCUUACGGCUAAAUCAACUAAAAAAAUUUAA